UCUAGCUUCCUAAUGGACACUCUUGUUAGCAUUUGCCUAUAUUCUGCAAAAAAGAAGUAAAAGAAAAUCACUCAAAAUGUUUUCCAAGAAGCGAAACGAUAUAGGCAAUGACUCUGAAUCAGAAAAAGAGGUUGAGAAUUCCCGAAGCACAAAAGGAUGGUCCAGAACUGCUCUCGAUCUUCCAGUGGUCCCCAGGCUUGAAAUCCCGUUCUCUGUGCAGGCAGUCAUCUCUCGGAUUGAGCAAGCACAGCUUCUUCGAGCCAGAGAGGACAUUAAUGUGCAGCUGGGUGACAUAAUGAACAAUGUGAACCGAAUAAUAACUCGCUAUAUUGCUCUGGAUCGUAACUUAUCUCCUGAAAGGAAGAUCUCUCAUGCAGAAUCUAAGAAAACACAAAGAAACCUUCUUUUGGAGAAAAUGACUGCUUGUGCUAAAGCUGCUGACCUUAAAGAAAAGACCCUUGUCUACAUGUUAUCUUGGUUGGAAGAAUGGAGUGCUAUUUUGUCUGAUAUAACUCUAAUGGAUGUUGAAGAACACCACCACUGGAUAGCACAAAUGGAGAUGUUACCAGAUGUGUUAAAAGCCAUUAACAACAAUGUCAAGCUAAUGUGUAAGAUUAGUAGAGCUUUCCUUGAAGAUAAGAAGAAACAGAAGAAAAAAAUGUUAUCUCGAGGUACUCUCUGGAAAUCUUGGAAAGAAAGAGCUACGAAGCGACCUGCAACAGCCCAUGCUUUAAGACCAGAUCAGAUUAUUAGUGAUCAACUUGCUACAAGUACAAAGGUUGCAGAAAUUCAAGAUAUGCUACAGGAACUCAUAGGCACAGCAAUGUUCAACAAAUUGGAAACCAGUGCUAUUAACUAUAUAGCAUCAACAAUACUAAACUUCUAUAAAGCCUUGAAUACGCUAAAUGAUGAAUUAAAAAUUAUGAACUUCCAAAAUGCAAUUAUGUAUGUAGAAGAAACAAAAGAAGAUGAAAAAGAUAUCUCCCUGAAGAUAAUGCAAGAUCUCAGUGAACAAAAUGAAAUGCUUACUCAGAAACUUAAAGAUGCAGAAGAAAAAUAUGAACAACUUAUUCGAUCCAAAGUUGUUUCAGGACCCCGAGCACACAUAGCAUCACCCACAUUCACAAGCUUGAAAGUACCACCUGGGCUUUCUCCACAGUCCUCAGUGGCCAUAGAGGACACUAUGGACAGUAUUUUAACCAAAGAAUUCGAAAAUAUAGAUGAACCCCAAAGAAAAGGGACCAAAAGCACUGGGAAAAAGUGGGAUGCAGCAGUUUCCUAUACACCUCAAGUUGAAAUGACUCCAGAUUUAACUGAUCAACAACAUAUUUUACCUGAGAAAAAGCGGAAAAUUGUGUCUCACGAGAUUACUGGAGAUAACAUAUCACUGAAGAGAGAUGAUGAUAAAAAAGAUGGGACUGUUGGGUCUUCACCCCAAAACAAAAAGUUCACAAAAGACCCACAUUCACAGGAGACUUCUGAAUCAAAUUUGAGUGCUGGUAAAGAUGAACAAAAAGGCUUAGAGACCAAACCGGGUCAAUACUCUGAGCAACAAACCCUGGAAAAGAAGAAAAAGCGAAGAAAAUCAUCUUCUGAAGCCAAAUCAAAGUCAUCUACUGAAUCAAAAAGCCAACAUAUCUCUUCUAUGGAAACAAAGAAUCAAGAACAGAAAAGUGGAAAAAGUAUGUGGGAGCAAUUCAAGCCCAAACCUGAAUAUUCACCUGGAAAAGGUCCAGUUCCAUCAGAGGCUGAAUUAGAACUCACCACCAAAUUGAUGAAGGACAAAGACACCAGAAGUGAGCAGACAGAGCCAUUCAGGACAAUCAAGGCUGAUUUCACUUCUGAGCCACAGAAAGUUGAAACACAAGGAAAGAAACGCCAAAUCUUUUCAGGAACUACUACAAGCAAAGAAGAAAAAACUGAAGAGGAGAUGUACAUCUUCACCAAACAAGCCCCGUUUCAGCAACUUGCUAAAGCACAGUCAAAGGUCACGAAAGAGACUCUAGCAAGUCCAGAUGGCAAAAGUGAACAGAGCAACAUAGAGUUAUUUCAAAAAGCUAUACUGGCUUUCCUGAAGGAAAAAAUUGAUAGCACAGGAAAGCCUUUGGAUAAAAAGAGAGUGCUGAAGGAAGAAGAGUUACUUAUAAAAGCAGAAGGUGAAAAGCUGGGAGUCAUAGAGGCAAAGAUGGAGGAAUAUUUCCAAAAAGUGGCUGAAACUGUAGCUAAAAUCUUGAGAAAAUACAAAGACACAAAAAUGGAAGGACAAGUUGGAGAGAAACGUAUAAAACAAAAGCAGGGACUCCCACUUAUGCAAGGAUCACCUGAAAAGGAGUUAUCAAUUAACGUAAAGCCUGAAGUUAGCUCCUUCCUCUCAAAUGAGAGCACAGACCUAUUAAUUAACACUUUAUUACAAAUGAUCUUAGCUGAGAUGGAAAGUGAAAGAGAUGUUCCAAACAUUUCACUAACAGAAAACAUCCCCGAGGAGAAAGGAAAAAGGCAGCAGGAGAAAUAUUUGCAAGGCCAAGAACAGAUGCCUGGUGGUGCGGAUCUCAAACAUCUCUGGAAGAGCUCUCAGAAGACACUUGACAAUUUGGAGGCAAAAAAGGCAUUGCUCCAGGUGAAGAAGAUAAAGGAAGGGCCACAAGGGCAGAAACAGCGGCAGGAAGAAGAGAUGGGGAGGGAAGGGCAAACACAGGGGGUUCAAAAACAGACUCAACAAGAUGAGAAGCAAAAACAAUGGAAAAGUAAGAGAGAUGAACAGAAGACAAAGCAGCAGCAGCUGGAAGCACAGAAGCAAAAGAUGAAAGAAGGAGGAGUGCCCUUGGAGGAGGAGAGAGAGAAGAGCCAGCAGAUUCAGAAGGAAAUGUGGCUUCAGGACCUGAAAAUGAGUAGGGGAAAAGAUGACAAGGAGAAGUUGAGCGAAGAGCUAGAGGACCUCAAAAGACAGAGGCCGAACACAGCUAAGUAUCAGAUGACAAAAAGACCCGAAGAGUUAGUAAACAUGAUCACCCAAAAUUCAGUGAAAUUAUCUCCAAGGGGAAAGAGCACAAUGAAAAAUAAGACCCAACUAUAUCAAGGAAAAAAGAUGCAGAUAAAUCUUAAGACAUUAGAGAGUUUUCCAGAAGGAAAGUACCCCCAAACAGACUCUCCUAUCACCUCCACUCAAUCCUUUCCAACUGGCACCAGUCUUGAUUCUCGGCAGCCUCUGACAAAAUACAUCACUCCCAGUCCUCAGCAGGCUCAGGAUCAAGAGAUCACUCUCACUUCUAGGAAGGCGAAGGGCCUGGAGGUCACUCUGACCCAACAGGCUCAGGUUGAUGGGAUUACUCUGACCCCUGAGCAGGUUCAGGCUCAAGGGAUCACUCUGACCCCUCAGCAGGCCAAAGACCUGGGGAUCACUCAGACCCCUCAGCAGGCUGAGGCUCAAGGGAUCAUUCCCAUACCUCGGCAGGCCAAGGAUGUGGGGAUGACACUCAGACCUCAGCAGGUUCAGGCUCAAGGGAUCACUCUCACACCUCAGCAGGCCAAGGACCUGGGGAUCACACUCACACCUCAGCAGCUUCAGGCUCAAGGGAUCACUCUGACCCCUCAGCAGGCCCAGGACUUGGGGAUCACUCUGACCCCUCAGCAGGCUGAGGCUCAAGGGAUCAUUCCCAUACCUCGGCAGGCCAAGGAUGUGGGGAUGACACUCACACCUCAGCAGGUUAAGGCUCAAGGGAUCACUCUGACCACUCAGCAGGCCAAAGACCUGGGGUUCACUCUGACCCCUCAGCAGGCUCAGGUGCAGGCUCAAGGGAUUACUCUCACCCCUCAGCAGGCCCAGGACCUGGGGAUCACACUCACCCCUCAGCAGGUACAGGCUCAAGGGAAAACUCUGACCCCUCAGCAGGCCAAAGACCUGGGAACUGCUCUGACCCAUCAGCAGGCUCUGGCUCAAGGGAUCACUCUCACACCUCAGCAGGCCAAAGACUUAGGGAUCACUCUGACCCCUCAGCAGAUUCAGGCUCAAGGGAUCACUCUUACCCCUCAGCAAGCUCAGGCUCAAGGGAUCACUCUGACCCCUCAGCAGGACAAAGACCUAGGGAUCACUCUGACACCUCAGCAGGCCCAGAACUUGGGGAUCAUUCUGACCCCUCAGCAGGCUCCAGUUCAAGGGAUCACUCUCACACCUCAACAGGCCAAAGACCUGGGGAUCACACUCACACCUCAGCAGAUUGAGGCUCAAGGAAUCACUCUGACCCCUCAGCAGGCCAAAGACCUAGGGAUUACUCUGACCCCUCAGCAGAUUCAGGCUCAAGGGAUGACUCAGACCCCUCAGCAGGCCCAGAAUCUAGGGAUCACUCUGAUCCCUCAGCAGGCACAGGCUCAGAUCACUCUCACACCUCAGCAGGCCAAAGGACUGGGGAUCACAGUCACCCCUCAGGAGGCUCAGGUUCAAGGGAUUACUCUCACUCCUCAACAGGCUGAGCAGCUGGGAAUUACUCUGACCCCUCAGCAGGCUCAGGCUCAAGGGAUUAUUCUAACCCCACAGCAGGCCAAAGACCUAGGGAUCACUCUGACCCCUCAGCAAGGUCAGGCUCAAGGGAUCACUCUCACACCUCAGCAGGCCAAGAACAUGGGGAUCACGCUAACUCCUCAGCAAGCUCAGGCUCAAGGGAUCACUCUGACUCCUCAGCAGGCCCAGGACCUGGGGCUCACUCUGACCUCUCAGCAGGCUGCAGCUCAAAGGAUCACUCUGACCCCACAGCAGGCCCAGGACCUGGGGAUCACUCUGACCCCUCAGCAGAUUCAGUCUCAAGGGAUCACUCUGACCCCUCAGCAGGCCACAGACCUGGGGAUCACUCUCACCCCUCAGCAAAGGAUCACUCUCACUCCUCAACAGGCCCUGAACCUGGGUAUCACCCUGACCCCUCAGCAAGUUUUGGCUCAAGGUAUCUCUGUCACACCUCAGCAGGCCAAGGACCUGGGGAUCACUCUAAGCCCUCAGCAGGCCCAAUAUCUGGGGAUAUCUCUGAUGCCUCAGCAGGCUCUGGUUCAAGGGAUCACUCUGACCCCUCAGCAAGCCAAAGACGUAGGGAUCACUCUGACUCCUCAGCAAGCUCAUAACCUGGGGUUCACACUCAGCCCUCAACAGAUUCAGGCACGUGGCAUCCCUUUGACCUGGCAAAAACUUGCUACAUUUGUUCCUUUUGCUCUUAGACCAUCUCGAGAAUUAAAGGCCUCUUUUUCCACUCAGAAGUCCAUUACAUCAAGAUUAUUUCCAAGGGCUAGGCCUAGGCUGCCCCUGACAUCAUCUGCAUCUCCUGCUGAGAUCUCUAUGACUAGGAUUUCUUCUCCUUUGCAAAAAUUAACACCUCCUCUCAGUCAAGCCCCCUUUACUCCUGGGAAACAUGUAGGAAUGAACAUUUGUUCUGCUCCUGGAAGGCUCCUGGGCCCACAGAUCCUUCCUACCUCCAGACAGAUGCUAGUAGUUCAAGGUCAAGCCAUUCCUAUGGGUUCUGUGCCACAAGAAGUUUCUCCUGCCCCUGAGUAUCAUCCAAUAUCUGGGGCCCCUGUCACUACAGAGCAGCCCCUUCAACCAGAGGCCCUUAGCUCUGAUCACUUUUUCAUGCUGAGGGGUCUUCUGACUCCCUCAUCACUUCAGUCUUCCCAGGCCACUCUCACCCUCAGGCCACCUCUUUUAUCUAGUGUUCCACCCAUCUUUGGACAGAUUCCCAGAAUCUGGGCGCCUCUCUCUCCUGGGCAGACUUUGGUUCCGGGAGUUUCUUCCAUCAGUAGGGAGGAGCUCAGGGAAUCUGAACCCUUAGCUUUCUCUGAAUGGCCUCAGGGAAUCCAGCCUCCUGCCACCCCUGAGAAGCCUCUGCAGACCCCUCCUACCUUCAGGCCACCUCUAGCACCACAAAGCCUUCCUGAGCAUGUUUCCCCAUUAUGGCUCCUUCCCAGCCCUAGGCAUCCCUCCACACUGUGGGCCUCCCCAACCUCGGAAAAGCCUCUGAGAGUUUUGCCCUCUUCUGUCACUCAGCAAAGACUAGCAAUUGUUUCUUCUAUAAAAUCUAAGUCAGCAGUGGUUCAGGCAAGGGCUACAGAUUUCAAGGUUUCUCAAGCUCCUUUCACCACUAAGAAAUUCCAAAUAUCAAAGACCCCUGAGGCUUAUGAAGAAACCCAGAUACUCCAAGAUACCUGUGUCACGGAACCAUCUGAAACACUUCAGUCAUUUCUCACCAGUUACAGAGCACCUGUUCCACAAAGCCCUUACACUGAUGAGGCAGUCCUUCCCACUUUCAUGAAGCCUGUAACACCAUUACCUUCUCGUACUACUUGGCUACCAAAGACGCCAUAUAGUUCACCUUCUGAAGGGGAUCAGAAGUCCCAAUUCCCUUCUGCAGACCAGCCCUGGAUAUUGACUUCAGUUUUAGGUAUCAAGAAACAUGAAAUGAUGGUGCCCCCUUCCUCUCCUAAAGAGAUUGUAGAGAAGAGAUAUUUUGUUGAAGUGGAGGCUCAGAGGAAGAACUUGAUAGUAUUAAAUGAGGCCACAAAAACUUUUGGACUCCCUUUGCAGCAACAGACAACAGCUAGGAAUCUCAUAAUUGGAACACUUCGUAUGGACACAGUCCGGCUGGGAUACCUGGUCCGAAAGUACAUUGCUUAUAAGCUGAUCCAACGUGCCAGAAACAACAUAAUCAAGCGAUUAAAAGCCAUCCAAAACACUGGGAGGGGUUAUGAGACCAAGUGCCUCUACAUCAUGCUGAGCAGAAUGGAUGAGUAUCAGAAAAGGGUGAUGGGUGCAUGGACUGAAAAACAAAAGUAUCUGGAGCAGAAACGAAAUCAAGGCCUGAAGAAAAUGGUGCACUUAUUUAGCCAGUUCCAAAAGAUGUAUAAAUUGAAUCUUAGUCAACCUAUCCCCUUGAAAGUUGCCAAAAAGCAGACACCUGCCUCUACCAAGUCUGCUCCACAGCCAUUCCUAGAGUUACUGAUUGAAGAAGACAAAACAUCUGACAUUUUCCAUAAAUUUAGACAAAAAGAAGCUGUGAGGCAGGCCAUUUGGAAUGCUGAUCUGUCCACCUCAAGCUAUCCAAUAACAAAGAAAACGUCAGUAACAUCACUCUGGGCCCAGAUGGGUGGGUACCCAGAUAUUCCUAGAUUGCUCCAGUUAGAUAUUCAGUCUACUUUUAGAAAAUCGCUUGCAUCCAUUCAAUCACAGUCUCAGAAGAUCCUCAAGUGA